AUGAUUCACCGCAGAUCCACCGACGACAAACCAAACAUUUCAACCCAACAAUUCGUUAGGCAAGUCCUCCAAGAAGGCCACGACACCGAUCCCGAUUUCCAAUCCAAUGCUUGGCUUUCAGCCCUGCAAUUAAACGGAUCUGCCACUCCUCUGGGCGCAAUCACUCACCAUCAUGAAAGAGUAGAUCACGUCAUCGGUGUUAUCAAAUCCUGCAAUCCCAAUGGGUUUGGAGAUGCAACAGUUACAGUCAAGGUAUUUCCUUAUUCCUCCUUAUAUUUCAGUGAAAUGAUUCAUGUUUCUCUCAUGACAUCUGAGAUUGAGAUUCAGGACCCUACGGGCACUGUUGGCGCUAGUAUCCAUCACAAGGUCUUCACUGAAAGCGUAUUUGCGAAAGACAUAACUGUUGGAUCUGUUCUGCUUCUCCAAAAGGUCGCUGUGUUCUCUCCUAGAAAGUCUAAUUGUUAUCUGAAUAUAACCUUGUCCAAUGUAGUCAAGGUAUUUUCAAAGGACAGUGCACCUCCACCUGGAAGCUUCACAAACAUAACAGAAGAUUAAUAUUAGUUCUUUACUAAUUCUAUAUUAAGGACUAUUUGUGUAACUUUUGAAAUGCUGAACUUAGAUUUCGUAUUGUUAUUUUGCUUUACUUUUCCAAUGCUUA